UUACUUAUUAUUGUUUAGAAAAAAUAAGUUAAUAGUUAUUGGUUUUUUAGUACUUUAAUUUCAUCUUGAACUUAAUUAUUUGUUUAUUACGUAAAUUAUAUUUUUAAUUGUUUUUAUUUAUAUUUUAUUAACACUAAUGUUUUAAUUUCUUUUCCAUUUAUUAACAUUCCAUUCGUUCAUCUUUUCACAUUUUAUUAUUUCUUAUACAAAAUUGCAAUCUUGCACGUAUGCUUUAUCUCUAUCUCUCUUUAAGGCUCAUCUCAACGUGUACGUUAUUGUCUCUCUUCUAGCAUCGAUUAGUCACGUAUUCAUUGCGAAAUUUAGAUAUUUCGUGACAUUUUCAAGCCUCGCGUCGAUGUCCUCGAUAGAAAAGACAUUUAUUUGAGAAAUUAAAGAAGAAUCAAAAUGAAAAGAAAAGAAAAAAGAAAAGGAGAGAAAAGAAAAAAAAGGGAAGGAAAAAGAUAAAUAAAUAAAUAAAUAAAUAAAUAAAUAAAUAAGUAAAUAAAAUCAGCCGAUUUUUGGAAAGCGGCCGUAGAUAUAAAUAGAAUUACCUCGUGCGUGCAUGCGUGCGUGCUAUGCUUUUAAACAUAGUUUUGGCAGCGGGAAACGUCAAACCGCUUCAGAGUGUUGAAGCGUGUGGAUCGCGAAUUUUGUUGAGAAUUCGAGAAAAAGAAAAGGCGAAAGAAAAAGAGAAAGAGAAAGAGAGAGAGAGAGAGAGAGAGAGAGAGAGAACAAGAGAAAAGAGAGAGAGAGAGAAAGAGACAUACACAAAACAAGAUUCAAAUUUGUCUUUCACAAAGAAACAUUUCCAUUUAUAACGAAAUUUUCAUAUCGAUAAAUUCGAUAUGAAACGAUACAUAAUUAAACGAUUAUAAUUAUUUUUCUUCCUUCAUCUCAGUCAUUAUUAUCGAAAACACAAAGACUAUUUUAGUGAAAAGAGAAGAAAAAAAAGAAAAAUAAAAAGAGAUAGAAGAAGAAGGAGAGAAGGAGAGAGAAAGAGACAGAGACAGAAACAGAGAGAGAGAGAGAGAGAGAGAGAGAGAGAGAAAGAGAGAGAGAAAGAGAGAGAGAAAGAGAAAGAGAAAAAGAGAGAUAGAGAGAGAAGGAGAGAUGAAAAGUGCAUUGGAAAAGUGCGACAAGGAGAACCAGCGACCGAUGGAAGUGGUUGCACUCCAGGAGAAUGCGGAGGACAUCGAGGAGGAAGAGUAAAAAUCAAAAGCAACACAGAAACAACCUAUUCGUGUAUCGUGCUGCGAUGUCGCCGAGCAAUAGAUGCGUGGACGAUGCUAUAAACGACGUUAUCCUGGAGAAGCUACGAAGUUUCGCGCCAAAACCGCAAGAAGGUGGGGAAACAUUCAGAAGUAUAAUAGCUAAGAUACACGCACGAGUCACGUCUUCAGACCGACGAGUUCGUGAACGUACUUUGGAGAAGUUAUGGUGUAAGAAUUCUGGUGCUAUGGAGAUUUUUAUUACCACUCUUGAGAAUUCCAAGGAUUACAUGUUGAAUUGUAGUAUAGCUGGUAUAUUACACGAAUGUAUAUCACCAAAAAUUACAAAGGGCAAAUCAAAAGGAAGCAAGAACAAAAAUGCAACAAGAAACAGUAACCGAAUGGCGGUCAUUCAACUGAUCAACUCCGGGAUCACGCAAGUCCUAGUUAAACUUUUAAUGAAUUUGCAGCAUAUGGAUAGUAUUUCUUCGGAAGUCCUUGUACAAGAAGUUCUUUGGAUUUUGGGACAGAUUUGUCAAAGGGAUCAGAAAUUUGUAACGAAAGUAAAGAAUUCAAAUUAUGUCAAAAUAUUUCAUACGCUACUUCAACAACAUUACAACAAUGGUAAAAUAAUUCUUCCAUUGCUGCUGAUAAUCAAAGUUUUUGCAAAAAAUUCAUUCUCUCAACAAAUUCUUAUCAAAGAUGGUAUUGCCAAUACAUUAGAAAAGACUUUCAUUUGCAUUGGUCACGUACCUCAUAUAAAAUUAAAAGCGUUGGUCGAAUGUUUGAAAUAUUUUACGAUGAGCAAAUUAUGCUGCACGAAAUUUGUUAAGGCCGGGAUGGUUCAACAACUGAUGCGAACUUUCGAGAGAUGGGAGAGAUUCGACGGACAAUUGAGACUGAAGAUAUCCAACUACGUUCUGAACACGCUACAGCAUCUUUGCGUAAUAAAGUCUGGAAGGAAGGCUAUUAAGUCGAACAAUGGUCUACAGCUACUGUACCGGUUUUGUACAAACUGCCCGGAGGAAAAAGCCUACGACUGUUUAUUGUCACGUAUAUGUGGUAUAAUCAAUCAAUGUCUGGAAAAGAAGGAGUUGCCUGUACCCGAAAUGUCUCCUGCAAGAUUCGUCCUGCCGGAAGCAAAUGCCAGGGCUAACAGCAUUGAAAGUGGCAGCGACCUUGAUAGUCAAGCUAACAGCGUGGCCUCGCUUGGAAGAUUAUACAGUGAUUUCGAUUCAGGAGAUGACGAAGAUAGUCAUAGUUCGAGGAGGACGAGUGAUAAGAAUUUGUAUCCCAGCGAGGAGAUAGACGAGAGUAAAUUUUUUGCUGGAGUUUUCACGUCUCAAAGAACCGAAGAGGAUUUGAUUGGAUAUAACGUUUUCUUCAAAGAGCUAGGUAAUCUUCAGUCACAACUCAGUCUUAUUAAAUCAUCAUCAGAGAAGUUUAUAGACUCAACGAAUUCAACGAUCGACGAUGAUAGAACGAUCUCUCGUUAUUCGAAAAUAUCCAAGUCGAAAAGUUUUCCAAAAGAAACUCAUACCAACGGAUCAUUAAGAUCCCAAAUUAAAUCAGAAAAUACAAAAUCUGAUUUGAAAACAUUGAAAGAUAUAUCAUCGACUACCACUGAUCGGCACGCUUAUUGUCUGAUAGCAAGCAAAGUGAAAAGUGUUAUCAAUUUUGUCAAGGUUGCUUAUCCCGAUUUGGUUGGCGGUGAUUCUUUAGGAAAACCAGAACCAUUGAACAACAAGGAUAGAAAAGUUUGUCGUGCUAAAUUGUUAACUUGUGUGGAAAGAGGUCUUCAUGCCAGUACGACAACUCAAGAGAUUGUUUAUGAUCUCGACAAUGUAACGACGUGUUUGUCGGCGAAUGAUAAAGUUACAGAAAGCAAGUUACUUUGCAAUUGGGACGAAAAGAGAACUGGAAAAAGGAAUUUGGAGACGAAGCAAUUGCAAUUUGAGUCUCGUUUUGAAAGUGGAAAUCUUAGAAAAGCUAUUAAGAUAGGCUUGAGAGAAUACGACUUGAUCUUAACACCAGACGUGAACAGUGCCUCUAGACACCAAUGGUUUUACUUCGAAGUUUCAAAUAUGGAAGCAAACGUUUCUUACACGUUCAAUAUCGUAAAUUGCGAGAAAGCAAAUUCUCAAUUUAAUUUCGGCAUGAAGCCAAUUUUAUUCAGUGUAGCCGAGGCACAAUUGGGUCGACCAAGUUGGGUCAGAACUGGUACAGAUAUUUGUUAUUAUAGAAAUUGUUAUCAGAGACCAACGAAAGGGAAGAAUUAUUUGACGACAUCGUUCACUGUCAUCUUUCCUCAUGCUUAUGACGUUUGUUAUCUGGCAUAUCACUUCCCUUACACCUAUAGUCAAUUGAUGACAAAUAUUUGGAAAUGGACCAAAAAGCUAUCACCUUCUAACGUUUACUUCCGUGCCGAAUCACUUUGCGAGUCGUUAAACAACAAUGAAAAUCCACUAUUGACUAUAACUUCGCCAGACACGAAGAACAAUCCUAUACAAAAUAGAAAAGUUAUCUUCCUGACGUCCAGAGUCCAUCCAGGUGAGAGCAACGCUUCUUGGGUAAUGCAUGGAACGUUGGAGAGCCUCCUAAGCAAUUCAACUUAUGCUACUAGCUUACGUGACGAUUAUGUGUUCAAAAUAGUACCGAUGUUGAACCUAGAAGGUGUGGUCAAUGGAUGCAAUCGAUAUGGACUAACGAACGAAGACUUGAAUAGACGGUGGAGCAAUCCGGAUCAAUCGUUACAUCCAGUGAUCUAUCACACGAAGGGCUUGAUGGAGUACUGCACAAGGGUCCUACAAAGACCUCCUCACGUCUUCGUAGACUAUCACGGCCAUUCACGGAGGAAGAACGUGUUUCUCUUCGGUUGUUCAAGGUCGAGUUCCUGGAGCGCCGCGGACAGGGCGAAACCGGACCAGCCGGUGCAGUAUUUGAUCUUACCGCAUCUAAUGCAAAGCGUUUCACCGGCAUUCGCUUUGCCGUUGUGUUCCUUCAAGGUAGAAAGAAAUAAGGAAUCCACCGCCAGGGUUGCCAUAUGGCGGCAGUUGGGUGUUUCGAAAAGUUACACGAUGGAGAGUAGCUUCUGUGGAUGCGAUCAAGGCGUCCUCGCUGGAUUACAUCUUGAUACGAAUCAUCUGAAAGCUAUUGGACAAGACUUUUGUCAGGCAUUAGCUAUGAUGAAGGAUGCUGACGAAGAUUGGAACGUUGACAAAUACAUCGAAGAGUCUUGCUGUCCACGAAAAUGUAUCCUACGAAAAACGAGAAGAAUACCUAAAUGUAUUCAGGACAAACUUGCCAUACAUCAUAUCACUGGGAUUCCUUAACGAAGGGAAAUGUAAUUAUCGAUUGAAAAUCGUGAUGAUGCACGUUUUUUUGUAUGCUUGUUUUCUUUUUUUUAUCUUUCUUUCUAAUCUGUUUUUUUCUAACACAAACUCGCUUUAGGAUCUAAAGGAGAUGAAAAGCUUCAUUUGGGAUCUAAUUUGAUUGACCGGCCUAAUUACUAAUUACUUUCGAUUAAUCUUUCGACUUGUACUCCUAUUUGUUUAUAAAUUGUUUGUUAUAGGACAUUUAUUGAUUCAUUUCCUUUUUUUUUUGUCUGUGUUUUUGUAGAAUUCCAAUGGGAGAAACGAUACCUGAAGAAUCAGGAUGCAUGGAGGACGAUGUAUCCUCCAGUUGUGAUUCGGACGAGUCUGAUUUGGAGACCUAAAGAUUCUCUUUCCUUCUGAGUUUGGAAGAUUUGCGAAUCGAACGUUCACUUGCCAGAAGAUAAAUUUAUUAGCCGUUGAUGUUUGGAAAAUAUGCUGAUUCUGGUUCCGAAUCGGGCAAAUACGAAGUUAUUAUUUUGUGAAAAAGAUUUAUUGAAAAAUCGUAACAAAUGGUUCAAAUCGUUUACCACUUAUUUGCUAUCUAUAUUCUAUGCGAUAAGUUGUUAUUCUGAAUAUCAACAAAAUCACAAAAAAGAAAAUGAAGAGAAAUAAAUAGAAAGGAUUGUAUGGCUUAUCCUUUGCAUUAUAUAAAUUAAAAAAAAAAUUUUUUUAAAUCUUGUUACGAUGUUAUUGAUGGAUUUACAAUAUUUUUUUUUCUUUUUUUCUUUUUUUUUUGUUUUUUCUUAAGAAAAUCGAACUUAAAUUUCUCGGAACCAGAAUUUCGAAAUGGAACAUUCUUCGUGUUACGAUUAAAUUUUCUUCUGUUUACAAUUUUUCUAUGUCAUUUUAAAAAACAUGAUUCAUUAAAAUCUUAUUUGACAAAUUAAUACACAGCCAAUUAAUAUUGAAUAUAACACGAAGAAUAAUCCAAUUAUAUUAAGUCUACGAGAAUUAAUCGAAAGCAAAAGUACAUAAUGAUUGUUCGGAUGAACAAACUAUUUGACAAUAUCUUUCGUAGGAAUUUUCAAAUAUAAUGGUUCACGUACAUGCGAUUAGCUAAAACAUCUAAUCUACUUUGAGUACUAGAAUAACAUGAAGAUGAUCGCUCGCACUCGUAUUCUCUCGCUGUACCUCGCUAUCAGAUACUUACAUGUGAUAAAUUUAAUAGAAAAAAGAAAUAAAUAAUAAAUAAUAAUAAAAUAAUAAAAUAAAAUAAAGAUGAAACAAAAAAAGAACUAUGAAAUAAAUCCAAACAUCAAGUUGAAUCCUAAAACUACGUCGAACGAUGACUAAUCUAUCUAGGUAAUAAAUCGUAUGUUGAUAAAUACUCAACGUCACUUCGAAAAAAAAUUGUUUAAUUUCCUUUUUUUUUCUUUUUUUUAAUUUUUUGUUUUCUUUUUUUUUUUGCUUUUUUCUUUUUUUUUUGGUUAGAUCAUUUUUCAUUCACCUUAAUAUGAAUAAGAUCGCACACAUAUUAUACAGAGAACAUCACUCGCUUGUUACCAAGUGUAACAAAUUCUGGUUAUUAUUGUGUUAAUUGCUUUAAUACAAGCAGUAUACAUGACAGUGCUCUACGGUGUAACGAUUAUUAUUAAUAUAGUUAUAGAUAUAUUUAUUUUCUUUUUCGUGUUCACGUUAAUUACGCGUCCAAAGUAAAAAUGAUAAUAAAAAAAAAAUGAAAAAAA